AACUUCUUUCCACAGAUGACAUCAGUCUUUCCAUUAGCUUUGUUGCUCUGUUUGUCCAGCGGACUGUUGACUGCAUAUGGUGCACCUGCCUGCCCUCCUGGUUGGACUCAGUUUGGCUCUCGCUGUUUUGCUUUCUACAGCCAGGCAAAAACCUGGGCCGAGGCAGAGAUCUUCUGCCACAUCACUGGUGGGCAUCUGGCUUCCAUCCACUCAGCUGAGGAACAUGCAUUCCUCAAAAACUACAUUAACCAAGUGACCGGUACACAGAAAACUUCCUGGAUCGGAGGCACUGACAAAGCGCAGCUGUUUACUUGGUUGUGGACUGAUAGAUCCCACUUCACCUACAAAAGCUGGAAUGCGGGGGAGCCUAACAACUACGGUGGAGCGGAGUUCUGUAUUGUGAUGAACUGGGGUGGAGCAAAAUGGAACGACUGGGGUUGUAACAACCAGGUUGCUUUCGUCUGCUCCAAGAACAGCGCAUAA